ACCGGUGGAGCCGCGGCACACAACGCGCGCACGCCGAGAUAUUUUCAAAUUGUAUUUUUUUAAUCCCCCAAUCGAUUAUCUGUGACGUGUUUGCGCGCGAAAAGUGACAGUGACGUAUUUAAUUUUUGAAUUUCGAAUUUCGACUUGUGCUGUUUUUGGUGACAUUUAUUUUUAAUUUCAAGAGGCGUUUUUCUGGAUAUCUACCUUCAUGACUGAAAAAAUGGCGACACCUACAGAGUUACCAGCGGAACGAGUGAAGCAGAUGUUCAGCUGGACCACUGCAGAGACCUCGCCUCCGUCGCCGAACGGCGAUGCGAAGGACUCCAAGAUGAGUCAGAUCCAGUUCUCGACGCCAUUCGACAAACAAGAGAACGCGUGGCACAAACAGCAGAACGCGGUGUGCGUUCGACACGCGUUCAAGCACUACGGCUCCAACAAGCGGCCCAACCAUGUGCUCAGCAACCUCAACAUGACCGUCGCGAAGGGGACCAUCUACGGUCUCCUGGGUGCCUCAGGCUGCGGCAAGACCACGCUGCUCUCCUGUAUCGUCGGGCGCCGGAAGAUGAACAGCGGCGAGAUCUGGGUGCUGGGCGGCAAGCCUGGGACUAAAGGCUCAGGCGUCCCAGGCAAGCGCGUGGGCUACAUGCCCCAGGAGAUCGCCCUGUACGGCGAGUUCACCAUCCGAGAGACCAUGAUGUACUUCGGCUGGAUCUUUGGCAUGGAGACCAGGGAGAUUGUGGAGCGACUGCGCUUCCUGCUGGAGUUCCUGGACCUGCCGAGUGAGAAUCGUAUGGUGAAGAAUCUCAGUGGUGGCCAACAGCGUCGUGUCUCCUUCGCUGUAGCCCUCAUGCACGACCCAGAGCUGCUCAUCCUCGACGAACCGACAGUGGGAGUGGACCCGCUGCUGCGUCAGUCCAUCUGGACGCAUCUAGUCCGCAUCACCAGCUCGGGAGACAAGACUGUCAUCAUCACCACGCAUUAUAUCGAGGAGGCGCGGCAGGCGCAUUGCAUCGGUCUGAUGCGUAGCGGCCGCCUGUUAGCCGAGGAAUCACCGCAGGCGCUCCUCACGAUGUACAACUGUAUAUCGCUGGAGGAUGUCUUCCUCAAGCUGUCGAGAAAGCAAGGUCAAGCGAACCAGGUGGUAGAGCUCAACGUGUCCGGUGGAGGCCUAGGGCUGAACAAGCUCUCCAAGCGCGAGGAGGCACCGUACGCCGCUGAUGACCCUCAGGCCAAGGGGCUGUACUUCUGUCAGAGCAAGGAGGUGCUCAUCACAGAAGGCGCACAGUCCAAUGGCGACCUGCCCGGAAAACUGAACCAGCCUAAAGGACCACAAAUCGACAUUUGUGAAGAUCUUUUCAAUUUAACAUCACGCGGCAAAAUAAAGGCAUUAAUUCAGAAGAACUUCCUCCGGAUGUGGCGUAACAUCGGUGUUAUGCUCUUCAUCUUCGUGUUGCCCGUGAUGCAAGUCAUUCUGUUCUGCCUUGCCAUCGGCCGUGACCCUAGCGGGCUUAAGCUGGCCAUAGUAAACAACGACGUGAACGUGAUCAACGGCCUCUGUCCCUACAACUCGUCCUGCUCCAUGAAGAACCUCUCCUGCCGCUACCUGGACCACCUUCGGAACGCUUCCAUCAUCAAGGAAUAUUACGCGGACUUGUCUUCGGCGCUAAACGCUGUCAGAGAAGGAGACGCGUGGGGAGCGAUAUACUUUAACGAGAAUUAUACGGAUUCUUUGGUGGCGAGAUUGGCUCUUGCGGACACGGCCGACGAAGAAACGAUCGAGUCGUCAGAAGUGCAGGUGUGGCUCGACAUGUCCAACCAGCAGAUCGGACUCAUGCUCAACAGGGACAUACAGUUCUCCUACAGGGACUUUGCUAAGGACUUACUGGCUACAUGCGACUACAACCCGAAGGUGGGAGACAUCCCGAUCGAUUUCAAAGAGCCCAUUUAUGGUGACAACAACCCCUCGUUUACUGACUUCGUAGCUCCUGGUGUCAUUCUCACGAUCGUGUUCUUCCUGGCCGUGGCGCUGACGUCGUCGGCGCUGAUCGUGGAGCGCAUGGAGGGGCUGCUGGACCGCUCGUGGGUGGCCGGCGUGUCGCCCGGCGAGAUCCUGUUCUCGCACGUCGUCACGCAGUUCGUCGUCAUGGUCGGCCAGACCGCGCUCGUGCUCAUCUUCAUGAUCCUGGUGUUCGGCGUCAAGUGCAAUGGGAACAUCGCGUUGGUGGUCAUGCUCACGCUUCUACAAGGUCUCUGCGGAAUGUGCUUCGGCUUCGUAAUCUCCGCCGCCUGCGAGCUGGAGCGGAACGCGAUCCAGCUUGCCCUGGGCUCCUUCUACCCCACCCUCCUCCUGUCCGGCGUCAUCUGGCCCAUCGAGGGCAUGCCCUGGAUCCUCCGCUACGUGUCGCUUUGCCUUCCCCUGACCCUGGCCACCACAUCCCUCAGGUCUAUCCUUACUAGAGGCUGGCCUUUAGCGGACCCUGAGGUCUACAUGGGCUUCGUGUCGACGCUGAUUUGGAUCGCGAUGUUCUUAGUGGUUACGCUGACGAUAUUGAGAUUUAAGAGGGGUUAAGAAUAAGGACAAGGGUCGUUAGGGG